UGACGGCGUCGAUACGGGCCUGUUCUUUCGAGGAAUCAGGCCCGGAAGCUUCCCUUGGACACUCCACGUCCCACUCCACAUUCGCUUUGUGAGAAUGAUGACCACAUCUGCCAAGACACUAGCCACUUGGACUUUCAUCCGCUUGGAUUUUUGCUUGUGUCAAAUUGUCGUGACGGGUGCUUGGUGGCGGCACGCGUCGUGGAAUGUGUUUUGGGAAUCCUGGGAGUGUGUUCUGGGAAUUCCGGGAAUGUGUUCUGGGAAUUCCGGGAAUGUGUUCUGGGAAUCCUGGGAAUGUGUUCUGGGAAUCCUGGGAGUGUGUUCUGGGAAGCCUGGGAAAUGUGUUCUGGGAAUCCUGGGAGUGUGUUCUGGGAAGCCUGGGAGUGUGUUCUGGGAAUCCUGGGAAUGUGUUCUGGGAAUCCUGGGAAUGUGUUCUGGGAAUCCUGGGAGUGUGUUCUGGGAAGCCUGGGAGUGUGUUCUGGGAAUGUCUUUUGAGAAUGUCUUCUAGGAAUGUGUUCUGGGAAUCCUGGGAGUGUGUUCUGGGAAUUCCGGGAAUGUGUUCUGGGAAUCCUGGGAAUGUCUUCUGGGUACUCUGGGCUCAUGCUUCUGGUGUGGCAUACUCUACUGUGGCUGAUUUCAUACACAAUGUCCGUAACGAACUCACUCCCAAGCAGAUCUGGUCGACUGUGCAGAUAUAUGUACGCUCUUAAAGGAUGAUACCUUGGCUCUUACGGUACAAAUCAUGAGUGCUAAGAUUCUACUCAACUUGGUGAAGAGAAUCAUGAGAUUGCCCAGUAAGCUUGAAGACAGGCAUUUGUUC